GGCUUAUCCCUUCCACCGCCGCUCUCCUCUUCGUCUCGCUUAAACCCAAGCUCUGGCUCUCUCGGUAGGUUGCCCUCGACCUCCCACCCCUUCCAUGGCCGCGCCGGGCGCGUGCCUGGCGUCGCGCUCGCCACCCGCCUUCCUCGCCGGCGGGUUCCUCGCUGCCCGCCCUGCCGCCGUCUCUCCCAUCCCCUCCCGCUCCGGGAAAUCAAUCGCACCGAGCCGACGCUUUAUCGUGUCUAAUAAACUUGCUUGGGUUGAAGAUGAGUUAGUGGAGAUAACAGAGUCACAAGAGCCAAGCUCCGCAAGUUCAAAGAAAAGGCCACCUUUGAGGCGUGGGAAAAUCUCUCCACAACUUCCGGUGCCAGAACACAUUCCGAGACCAUCUUAUGUAGGUUCGAAUAGACCGCAAGAACUAUCUAGUGUGCGCCAAAUACACAGUGCUGAAGGUAUCGCUGGAAUGAGAGCUGCUUGCAAACUUGCUGCCCGUGCUCUGGACUUUGCUGGAACAUUGAUUAAGCCAUCAGUUACUACAAAUGAAAUUGACAGGGAAGUGCAUAACAUGAUAAUUGAGGCCGGUGCUUAUCCUUCUCAACUUGGCUAUGGUGGAUUUCCUAAAAGUAUCUGCACGUCACUAAAUGAGUGUGUCUGUCACGGAGUACCUGACUCAACACAACUGCAGACCGGAGACAUCAUGAAUGUUGAUGUAAAUGUGUUCCUGAACGGAUACCAUGGGGGUGCUUCUAGAACAUUUGUAUGUGGAGAAGUGGAUGACUCUAUCAGGCAUUUUCUGAAGGCAGCUGAAGAAUGCUUGGAGAAGGGUAUUACAGUCUGCAGGGAUGGUGUCAACUACAAAAAGAUUGGCAAGAAAAUAAGCAAGCUUGCUUAUUUUUACGGCUAUUAUGUGGUGGAUCGUUUUGUUGGACAUGGGAUUGGACCUAUUUGGCAUUCUGAGCCACUAAUCCUACAUCAUGCCAAUGACAACUCUGGGCGAAUGGUUGAAGGUCAGACAUUUACAAUUGAACCUAUUCUUACAAUGGAAAAGGCUGAGACAGUUACAUGGGAAGAUGGAUGGACUACUGUCACUGCCGAUGGCAGCUGGGCUGCGCAGUUUAAGCAUACUGUACUAGUCACUCGGACAGGGGCUGAAAUACUGACAAAACUUUGACAUCUUCUUUAUUAUGAUAAGAAGUUGUUGGGCCAUUUACCUUGAGCAUGUUUAUGUUCAUAUAACAGCCCCAGCCCCCCGCUAGCAGCCGUAUCCUACCGAAAUGUCUCUUUGGUCCACAUGUGGCAGGAUUACAGAUCACAGGCUGAAGAGCUGAUCGAUGAGAUCUGUGAUGAAAGUUCUGUACCAGGCGAGUGGCUUGUGCGAAGGGUUUGCGGAUCCUUAGAAUUUUGUGUGUGGCAUACUGGCAUAUGAUCAGUUACUGACGUAUUGCUAGGCAUGUAAUGUGUAAAUAGUCCUUAAUUUGUUUUGUUUCCUCCUUAAUACAACGCCGAAUGCUGCAGUCGCUUGCAUUGCUGUUGGUUUGCUUGACCUGCUGCAGCCUGUAUACAAA